AUGGCCAAUUUCUCAAUCGGUGAGCCACCAGUUCCACAGCUCUUAACCAUAGACACAGGGAGCAACCUGUUGUGGGUUCAAUGCCUUCCUUGCACCAAGUGCUUUGAACAAACAAGUCCGAUUUUUGACCCUUCCAAGUCCUCUACAUACAACCCAUUACCAUGCUCAUCCCCAUAUUGCACAAUUUCCUCUAGUGACAAAUGUGACCCCUCAAACAAUUGCAAAUUCUCUCACACAUACCUUGAUAGCACCAAAGUAGCUGGACUUGUUGGGACCGAAAUUUUCACCUUUGAGACGUCCGACGAAGGCAUUAGCACCGUUCCGAAUGUUGUUUUUGGUUGUGCCCAGGACAAUGAUGGUUACAACGGGCAGCCUAGUGGAAUAAUUGGUCUUGGCCCUUCAAACAUAUCUUUGGCAAACCACAUGGGGUCAAAAUUCUCUUAUUGCAUCGGUAGCAUAAGGGAUCCUAACUACCCUCAUAACCAGUUAGUCUUAGGCGAUGGUGCAAAGAUAGAAGGCACUUCAACUCCACUAGAAGUCUACAAUGAACUUUACUAUCUAACCCUAGAGAGCAUCAGCCUCGCAGAAAGGCGGCUUGAGAUCGAUCCGGAAAUCUUCAAGAGAACAGAAUCAGGCACGGGUGGAACAGUCAUCGAUUCCGGAACAACAGUAUCCUUCUUAGCCUCAGGUGCAUACUAUGUGCUUAGAGAUGAAGUGCGUAAGUUGCUUGAUGGAAGAUUGGAAAAAGUGGAAGAGCCUGGUGUUCCUUCAGGUUUGUGCUACAAGGGGAAUAUAAGGGAAGAUUUAACAGGGUUUCCAGAUGUUGUGUUGAACUUUGCAGGUGGGGCUGAAGUAGGGUUAGACGUAGAGAGCGCUUUUCAAGAUUAUGGUGAGGGUGAGUUUUGCAUGGCAGUGCAAAUGUCUCCCGAGGGCAGUGACUUGAACGUUGUUGGGAUUAUGGCGCAGCAGCAUUACAAUGUUGCCUAUGAUCUUGCGGCAAGCCAGGUUUAUUUCCAGAGGAUUGAUUGUCAACUUCUUGAUGAUUAA